AUGACUUUGGCGAUGCCGAGGUUCGAACACAGUAUCUUUGAACAACUUGAUGAACAGACACAACAACAAGAAGGACAAAUGGCAAAUGAACCAGAAAAAAUUAAACUUACAUUAUCUAUGGCAGAUAUUGAUGAUCAUAAACGUCAAUUAACAUUUUGUAACGUUGAUUUACAUAACAUGCCGCAUAAAAAAAUAUUAUUAAAUGAACAAUUAAAAAUUUUGAAUAUAAUUGAGAAGAUAAAUUCAGUUUUAUUGGAAUUAGAAAUAUCUGGUCAUCCUGAGUAUCAAUUGAGAAGUGAAAAAUAUGAUAUUUAUGAUAGAACAGGUGAGUUUGAGACGAACUACUAUCCAUUUCAAUGA